CCCUCUUCCUGUACUCAUUCCAAAUUCAUUAUCAUUCUACAGGUCACACAACUCUCCCCCUCCAUCCUAAGAUCUGAGGGAGUGCCAGUUUAUCGGUGUGUUCAGAAUCCUGGAGAGUUUGUUCUGACCUUCCCUCGAGCAUAUCAUGCCGGGUUUAAUUGUGGUUUCAAUUGUGCUGAAGCAGUUAAUGUCGCUCCUGUUGACUGGUUGCCCCAUGGGCAGAAUGCCAUUGAGCUCUAUUGUGAGCAAGGGAGAAAGACUUCCGUUUCACAUGAUAAGCUCUUGCUUGGUGCUGCUAGAGAAGCAGUAAAAGCAAAUUGGGAAUAUAAUUUACUGAGAAAAUAUACUUCAAAUAAUUUAAGAUGGAAGGAUGUUUGUGGAAAAGAUGGGAUCCUAUCAAAAGCACUCAAGGCUCGGGUUGAAAUGGAGCGGGUGCGGAGGGAAUUCCUAUGCAAAUCCUCACAGGCACUGAAGAUGGAGAAUUCUUUUGAUGCUCACAGUGAGAGAGAAUGCAGCAUAUGUCUAUUUGAUCUGCAUCUGUCUGCUGCAGGUUGUCACCAUUGUUCGCCAGAUAAAUAUGCUUGCCUGACCCAUGCAAAACAGUUGUGUUCAUGUUCCUGGAGUGCCAAAUUCUUUCUUUUCCGUUAUGACAUCAAUGAAUUGAACCUAUUGGUUGAAGCUUUAGAGGGAAAACUAAGUGCAGUAUAUCGAUGGGCAAGGCUAGAUCUUGGACUUGCCCUGAGUUCCUAUUUAUCAAAAGAUAAUACGCAAGUCCCUAGCUCAGUUGAUAAAUUAUCUCACACCCAUAACCUCGAAAGAUUGGCUCCUCAAGAAAUGAAUUCACAGGAAGCCACAGGAGGCAAAGAUAUUAUAGUCUUGAGCGAUGAUGAAGGAGAUGCACCCCCGUCUGAAACUUUCAAUGCAAAGGAGACUUCUGAAAAACAUACAGGUCAGAAGCCAUUUGGCCAUGGUGAUCUGACAAGUUUGAGAAAUUGUGUUAACGGACCAGCGACAAGUGCCAAUAAUAGCGUGGCUGAUAUGAGCAGAAGAAUGAAGUAUGGUUCUAGUUCAGAGUACAUAAAAGUUGAUCUUCAUGAAGAAGGUGAGAUGUUGGGUAGGCCCAAUCUGCCGAGCACUUCCUGUCAUGGAUCUUCUGUGACUGGUGCAGAUGUUAAUAGAGAUGUUAAGAGCAUUCCAUUGAAAAGAGAGACUGCUGAGCGUAGUAUGAUAGUUGUUUGCUGCUUGAGAGCACAAAGGUUUGCUGAUAAAAAGCCAAGUAACAAAGAUAGUCAUAAAGAGGAGUUGGAUGCUAAUUCGGGGUCAAUGGACAAUGUACAAAAUGUAUCAUGUAAACCAUUUGUCUCUCAGAAUAAUUUGGACAGGUGUUGUCACCAGAAGGGACCUCGUAUUGCAAAAGUAGUUAGGAGAAUCAAUUGCAAUGUAGAAGCUCUGGACUUUGGAGCUGUGCAUGCUGGAAAGUCAUGGUGCGACACUAGGGCUAUUUAUACGAAGGGAUUUAGGAGUCGAGUCAGGUACAUCAAUGCUCUAGAUCCAACAAUUAAGUGCUACUACGUCUCAGAAAUUCUGGAUGCUGGACGAGAUGGACCCUUAUUCAUGGUUUCUUUGGAGGAUAAUCCAAGUGAAGUAUUUAUUCAUGUCUCGGCUGCUAGAUGCUGGGAAUUGGUACGGGACAGAGUAAAUGAAGAGAUUACAAAGCAACAUAAGUUGGGUAGAAAAAAGCUUCCUCCUUUACAGCCUCCCGGGAGUGUUGAUGGCAUGGAAAUGUUUGGCUUUUCUUCACCCGCAAUUUUACAGGUAAAGCCCUUUGAACUAGUUUAAUUGUAUAUUUGUAUCUUCGGAGGGGACUGGUUGGCUAAUUUUGGACAAAAUACCCUCUAAUUUCAUGAAGCGCCAUUUUUGGUUCCCUGGUGCAUUUCUCUGUAUUUAUCUUCACUUCUUCGUUAUCAAAUUAGCUUGUGAAUCAAGAAUGGGAAUUCUGCAUCAGCGAAACAUUGAUCGUGUAUGCUUUGAAAAACAAUGCAUACACAACACAGGAGGAGUAAUUUUUCUAAACACGGCCUAAAUAGUAAUAACCUAGUCGCAGCGGCAACAAAUUUGGAUCCAAAUCCACAGUAAGCUCACAAUUAAAUUCUUGACUCUCUUAGAAUCAAC